UUUGCAUGAAAACACAACCAACAAUUAGUUCAUAGAAUAAUUCUAUGGAGUUAUUCUUUUUGUUUUUUAUGGUACAUAGAGCAGGCAACCUUAGAAUUGGAUACUUGCAAUUCUACUCACACCUGCGACUUGUAUAGUCAUUUUAGUCUAUGGGCAAAUAGUUGAUUAGCCUUCUGUACUUAUACGUCUAAGACAUGCUGGAGUCCUCGCGAUGUUUUAAUUCACCGUACGAACAAGUGAUAAAAGCGCACAUCGAGAUUUGAACGCACGAACUUAGUUGUAGUUGAACGUCGGCUACCUCAUAUGAUUUGCGGUCAACUAAGCUAACACUCGCUAUCUCUUUAUAUUACCUAAAAAUAAUUUACUUUUCAUUUAUCAGAUUAUUUCUCUCUGUUAUUUAGUUCCGAUUAGAAAAAAAGAUACACUCACAAAAGAAGUUUUGUUUGAAAUUAAAGUCAUCCCUCAACGUCUCUGAAAAAUAUACACAAGUAUACUGAAAAGCAAAUUGCUUUUCGAAGUUUUAAGGGCUUUAUGAUGGCCACGUUUGGAAGAUAAAACUCAUGCCCAAAAAUGGGCUUUAUGUAGCUUCUAUUGAAAAUACGGUUAGCUCUACAGCUAAAAGACAUUCAAUUUAGAAAAGCCUAUACCUAUACCCUCUAUGCCGAGAGACACACUUAUAUUCUGUUUCACUAAUAUAUUUUUAGUCUAUUGUUUUUCUUAAUGAAGUCUAUUAUUUUAAUCCUACCUGAUACAGCUUGACUAACGGAAAUUACUUGCUGUUUAAAAAAGUAGUUUAAAUAUGUAGUACCUAAGUUAUGCGUAUUUUUAAAUACAUAUUUGUAAUUUCUGUAACAAAUUUAAGAAUAAUAAACAUAUUAUCAAACAAUUUAUUCCAUUCUAUUCGGAAAUAUUAUUAUAAAAUAAAUUUAUAUACGCGAUGUGAAAAGCAGUUAUGACGAUUCAGAAGUUCCUAAACCAUAGGCAUGUCAUCUUCGAGCUCAUAAAAUUAAGAAUAUUUUAAGCGGUUAAGCGAGAUAACUUAGAUUGGUGCAAAGCAAUAUACCCUUAUUUAUUCCGUUAAGCAUCAGUUUGAGGAAUUCUCAUAGUUCUGCAAAUAGCAGUGAAAGUCUGUAAUGUGACAACCAUUAUUUAAAUGUUUGUGCAUUGUGAAAUAUCCCUUAACCAAUGCAAUAAAGACGCCACUACAAUUAACCAGAAUUCAUUGUAAUAAUGAAACUUAAUAAUAAUAGCCGUGGUAAAGCGAAAGUAGGAAACAUGUAAUGAAGUACUUGCAUUGUUGCUUUCUUGCUUUGAAGGGAGUUUGUUUUUUUGUUAAGCCCUUGAGAAUAAACCAACAGAGGGAGAAGCAUUCAGACGCCUGAAUAUUAAAUAUUUAUAAUAGUAUAUUCUUUGCCUUUUUACAUUUCAUUUUACCAAAAAAUAUCAUGAGUCAAUACAAAAUUGGAUCCCAUAGAAUAGAUACAUAAGUCGAUAAGAUAUCACGAAUUACAACAAUUGUAAUUAAACGAGGGUGCAAAUGUAAAACCCUCUAGCGUUAGUUACUUUUGUUUGAUCGAUGGAAGUCUGUAACAUUGCAAAAGCUGAUUUGUCGUGAAAAAUGGAAAAUGCGAAUCAGCCAGCUGGAGGAGUGAUGGGUGUUCGUAAGGAGUCGUCAGUGGAUCCAGUCAAGGCGGAGGGCAUUUUAGCGACUGUUACAAAAAAAGAAAAGGAUGCAGCUCGCCUAUGGUCGCAACGAUGGGGAUUUUAUAAACAUUUACGUGAAAUUCAAGAAGAAGAGGCACAAAAAACAGGAUUCACAUUAGAAGAAUACCGCGCCAUUUUACGCUCACGGAGUUGUAAACCUGAAGAUCCCAUCGACCCAGUUGAGGUUAAACCUUCACCAAAACCAUUACCUCAAACAACAUCCGGUGUGAUUGGACAUCGAGUGAAUUGUACAUUAGAACGUUUCGGACGAUUGGUCACCACAGCGAAGACCUACCCCAUCCGGCCACCACUACCACCGAGUCAAAUCUACGACCCCUAUAAACAAACAAUGAUUUUUCUUGGGAGCGUGGAAGGCGACCCAAUAUCAUACAAACUGCCACCGGCGAGAUGCGAGGUGACUGACGAAAUGUGGGCACGCCCGCAGCAAAUGCAUGUAUCACCCUAUCAAAACGGCAUUAAGAGUUCUCUUCAAGCACGUUUUUAAGUGUUUGGGUCAGAGCCGCAAGUAUUUUCAUAGGUAACUCAGUCAUUAGAGUGACUUUUAAUGCAAUAAUAGCUUUUGGCUACUUUUUAAACAGA